UUAAACUCAUAUUAUUUCUCCUUAAUUGCACAUAAACGGAUUGCCGAAUUCUCUUUAGUUUCUUUUUAAGCUACUCUAAAUUAAGAUUCAAGAAAAGAUGUAUGUAAUGUAUAAGAUGUGAAAAAAAUUGAGGUUGACUUGAUAAAAGAAAUAUGUGAAUGAUGACAUAUCAAGAAACAUGCAAUUAUACUAAAUACGUUGACAUUAUGACACGAAACAAUAUGCUUACUUGUCUCAUUCUCAACUACUAUAAAAAGGGGCAGUACGCCUUAGCAAAUCACAUAAUUCAAUACAAUACUAGUAUUUCAACAACAUAUUUACCAAAAGGUUCUCAUAUUCACAGCUCAAUUAUUCAAAUGGCUCGAUCAUAUGCUCACAAUGUUGUGGGUGUUGGGAUUUUCUUGGUAAUGCUUGUGGCAAUAGUAGAGGCCACUCCUCCUGGAAUAGCCAAUAAUCCAAGUCAUUCUCAUUGCUCUGAUGAUGAGAUCAAACAAUGCAAAAAUCUUCCACAUGUUUGUCCCAAAUUCUGUCCCAAUGGCUGCAUAACUGAGUGUCGUUCUUGCAAGCCUAUUUGCAUUGAUGGCCCACCUCCACCUCCCUAUUCCCCUCCUCCAUCAACUUCACCUUCACCUCCCUAUUCCCCACCUCCAUCAGCAUCACCUCCACCUCCAUCAACAUCACCUCCAUCAACAUCACCUCCAUCUCCUCCAUCAACAUCUCCCAAGAAGUGUAAGUGCAAGAACAAGAAAUACCCAAGUUGUUAUAAUCAAGAACAUACUUGCCCUAGUUCUUGCCCUACUACUUGUCAAGUUGAUUGUGUCUCUUGCAAACCUGUCUGCAGUUGUGACAAGCCGGGAGCAGUUUGCCAAGAUCCACGUUUCAUUGGUGCAGAUGGAAUUACUUUUUACUUCCACGGCAAGAAGGACAAAGAUUUUUGCUUGGUCUCAGAUUCUAAUCUCCACAUUAAUGCCCACUUCAUAGGAAAGCGAAAUGAGAAUAUGAAGAGAGACUUCACUUGGGUUCAAGCCAUCGGUAUUUUAUAUGGUACACACAAUAUUUCUAUUGGAGCACAGAAGACAGCAACAUGGGAUGAGGCCAUCGACCACCUCUCCCUCAACUUUGAUGGUGAAACUGUUGUUCUCCCCAACAACCAAGGCGAAAGGUGGAUGUCUGUAUCUGGACCAACAACAUACAUCACUCGAACCAGCAAGAUCAAUGAAAUUGUAAUCGAAGUUGAAAAUAUUUUCAAGAUUACAGCAAAGGUGGUGCCUAUUACGGAGAAAGAAUCUAGAGUUCAUAACUAUGGCAUAACACAAGACGAUUGCUUUGCUCAUCUUGAACUUGGAUUCAAGUUCUUGUCACUUAGUGAUGAAGUGAGUGGUGUUUUGGGGCAAACUUAUAGAAGGAACUACGUGAGCAGAGUGAAGAUGGGUGCUUUGAUGCCUAUCAUGGGAGGUGACAAAGAGUUUUCAACUUCAGGACUCUUUAAUGCUGAUUGCUCUGUUGCUAAGUUUCAAGCAGUAAAUGAGAAUGUAAGUUCGUUGAACGAUUUGGAGCUGCCAAGCUUAAAAUGCAACAGUGGAAUUCAUGGACGUGGAGUUGUCUGCAAGCGCUAGAGUUUCUUGAUAUAAUUGUUGCUUGAAUAAUUUUUUUUUGAUUAAUUGUUGCUCGAAUAAAGAGUUAACCGGAAAAUAAGGUU